AUUUUAGUGGAGCGAUGAUCAAAGUGUGGUUCUGAGACCAGCAACACCAGCACCAUCCGGGAACUUGUUAGAAAUGCAGAUUCUCAGCCCCGGCCCAGAACUACUGAUUCUGGAACUCUGGAGAUGGCCCAGCAGUCUGUAUUUUCAAGCCAUCCAGAUGAUUCGGAUGCCCACUCAAGCUUGAGAACCACCAUCACAGCAUCUCUCCUGGGUGGGGCAGAUUCUCCCGAGAAGACCAUUUGAACCACCUGCCUGUGGAGUAUGCCUGCCUUCUGGAAGUCCAGUGUGUAGGUGAACCACUGAGUUCUUCAUUAUGUCUGAUGGAGACUAUGAUUACCUCAUCAAGUUUUUAGCUCUGGGAGACUCUGGAGUAGGGAAGACCAGUGUACUUUACCAGUACACAGAUGGUAAAUUUAACUCCAAAUUUAUCACGACAGUCGGCAUUGAUUUCAGGGAAAAGAGAGUGGUGUACAGAGCCAAUGGACCAGAUGGAGCCAUUGGCAGAGGCCAGAGAAUCCACCUGCAGUUAUGGGACACAGCAGGGCAGGAGAGGUUCCGCAGCUUGACAACCGCAUUCUUCAGAGAUGCUAUGGGGUUUCUUCUGCUUUUUGAUCUGACAAAUGAGCAAAGUUUCCUCAGUGUCAGAAACUGGAUAAGCCAGCUACAAAUGCAUGCAUAUUGUGAAAACCCAGAUAUAGUGUUAUGUGGAAAUAAGAGUGAUCUGGAAGACCAAAGAGUAGUAAAAGAGGAAGAAGCCAGAGGACUUGCAGAGAAGUAUGGAAUCCCCUACUUUGAAACUAGCGCUGCCAAUGGGACAAACAUAAACCAAGCGAUUGAGAUGCUCCUGGACCUGAUAAUGAAGCGAAUGGAACGGUGUGUGGACAAGUCCUGGAUUCCCGAAGGCGUGGUGCGAUCCAACGGUCACACCUCUGCUGAUCAGUUGAAUGAAGAGAAGGAAAAGGGGUCAUGUGGCUGUUGAAGAGUCCAGCGAGCUGCACAGUAAUUCAGGUGGCCCAUGUCUGUGACCUGCUCUACGGUGAUACACGGCACCGGGAGAAAUUAACGGACAUUGUGUACAAACUGCUUCUCACCAUCCCGGUUAGACCUAUCAGUAAAGCAUCCAGUUUUAAACUUACUUUGCUGCAGCUUUGUAAAUAUUUCUUUAAGAUUCAGCCUGAGAGUUAGGAGAAAUAUUUCACAUAGCCAAAAGUGCCUUAUAAAACCUUAGCCCAUGGCAGUAGAUCAUUCAAGUAUUCAGGAUUUUGUAGCCACAGAACAGUGCAUUUAUUAUGUAGGAUGACUGAAGAUACUGUCACCUGCCUUAACAUAGAUAGGCCUGGAGUCUCACAUUCAAGAUCUUAGACGUAAUAUCAGUGUUUAACCCAAAUUUAAAGACCCUACUUGCACCAUAGGGGACCUUCUAAAAUGCCAUCUAAACCAUUUGAAUGUUAAAUAAGAAUAUACACAAAUGAUGGUUCAAUGUCUUUGAGUAUUAAUUUACGUAAGCAUUCUCUUUAAAAUGAAAUAGGGCAAAUUAUUGGCCGUAUCUGUAGACCUUGGAUAAACUGGAUCGAGAAAUUAUACGCUCACUGUGACUGUUGCUGGUGGGAAAGGGCUUGGGGGUGAGGCCUGGGGUGGCUUAAUGUUGUAUAAGCAGCUGAAGGGGGACUUCUGGCUCCCUGCUAGAUUCCCAUUGCUCUGCAGGGUUGAUUGAAGGGUCAGGGAACUAGAUUUUUAUGGCUUUAGUUCACUGUGAUCUGUGCAUUUAUACUUGGCCUAUGUGCUGGCCCCAUCUGAACAUAGCUGGUGCUUAUGCCGAAGUUAUUUGUGAUAAGUAAACAUUUAGCUUCUCUUUCUUCGUAUUUAUAAUGUUGGUCUGGCAUCCUCAGGCUGCAGUUUCAAUUAGCUUGUGAGCAACUCAUCUUGUUUUCACCCUCAGUCUCUAUAUUCUUGAUCUUUGCAACUUGUUUUAUUUUUACAUUGGUGGAAUUGAAGGAAUUAGCUUAUAAUUACAUAAAAUAUCUGUUUACUGUUUGGUGGAAGAUGGAUGUUUGUGUUUAAGCAGUUACAUUUGUACUCUAGCUCAGUAUAAGAAAAACGGAGUGUUCUGUAGCCUGUAGUUUUCCUUGAGAUCAUGGGCAUUUACCGUACUUGCUGGGUCUUUCCAAGGUCAUGUACUCUUCCACAUUGCCAAAGUGUCUUUUUACCAAAUUUAAAGGUGGUUUCAAAAUAUGCUUCAUGGCAGUUGCUUAUAAAAAUCAAAGGGGGAAAUUCUUAUUUAUUAAAGUAGUUUAAGUAAAGUAGAUUAAAAUUUCCAAAGAGCUUAAUGGCUAUUUAGGAAGAAACACCACUCAUUAUAAUUUAAAUAAAGAAUAAAAAUAAAUGUAUUUUGUGGUGGCAAAUGUUUGGCAUAACAGUAAUUAGAAAAAUACAGCUAUGAUGGAAAGUAAUUACUUUUAUGAUAAUUUUCAAAUGGCUUUUAGUUGAGCAUCUGUCCUGUUUUUUUUUGUCACUGCCCUCCCACCAUCCCCUUAAGAAACUUAGCUGUGUUUACUAAGAUCUUAUAUAUUUCUAUCCUUGAAAUGAGGACCUUUUUAAAUACUAAGGAGUCAUUGAGUCCUAUGCGUUUGAAUUGUGUAUCCUGGUGAGAAAAAGAUCCAGACAUUUCAAGGGCAGGGUCAUCAUCACAGGCAGUGCCUUCUAAAGUUGCCAUAAGACUUAAGUGGAGUAAAUAAUAAUUUUAUAGCUACGUAUCAGGGAACAUUUUAUAUGAUUCAUUUGUAUAGUUAAAAAGAAGACAAUAUCAGUAUGUUCCAGCCUAUUUAGGAACCAACUGAGAAGUUAGCUACAGAUUCCAUCGGCCUUAAACAUAACACACAAUUAAAUAUAUACAUGAUAUUGGCACACGCAAGAGCCAUCUUUAAUUAUUGACGUAAAUAACCUGUAUUCUCUUUGGAAAUCAUUUGUUUAAAUUUAUAUUGAAGUACCAAUAUAAAUUUUUUUGUGCGUCAGUGUAUUUUCCUAUUGACAGGCUUCUGUAAAAGUGAAGUGUAUCUUCAGUGAACUUUGUGCCAAUUAAGCUUAUAAUAAAAAAGUGGUUUAAUCUGUCAA